AUGGAGAAAGCCAUAGCCAUCCGGGACGACGAUGUAGAGGAUUCCAAGGCGGAGGAGGAGGUGAAGAUAGAGGAUUCCAAGGCCGAGGAUGAGGACGAGACAAUGUUCCCAAGGCGUAGAGGGAGAUUAAUCAGCAACAUCACUCAGGAGGCUUGUUUGAAAGUUUAG